AUGAAUGCCCCUAACCGUUCGGAGCUGUUUGUGCUGGAGGACGGCGAAAAGGCGGUUGAAAUCAUUGAGGACACGAAGAUCCCUAACGCUGCAACUAUCAAAGUCGUGAAGCAGGACCACACCCUCGCGAACAUGCUUCGCUCUCAACUAUUAGCGACCCCCUCUGUACUCUUCGCUGGUUAUAAGGUCCCUCACCCCCUGCAACCAUAUUUCAUCCUGAAGAUCCAAACGGACGGCACCAUCACGCCGGCCGACGUCCUGCAGCAGGCGUGUUCGAAAUUAAUUGGUACGCUUACGGCGCUGGAAGCGAAAUUCAAGCGGGAGUUUUCUUUCAAGGACGUCGAAGGCGCUGUCGUCUCGGAGGACCCGUACGGCGGUCCCUCGACAGGUGGACCGACUUGGGCUGGUGGACGAGAUUACCUGGACUUCUGAGGUGUUUGUUGGGUCACUUCUCGUGCUUUGUAUCUUGUAUGUUUACUGUAACUUGUUUUGUACUGAUGAUUAGUUCUAUGCAAUGUAGUGCAGUACGUCUGCUGCUUGGCUUUGCGG